AUGUAUUAUUUUACUGUUAAACAGUAAUGUAGAAUAAAAUAAUUAUGUAUUACAAAGUUUUAAACGCUGUUUGCAGAAGAUUCAAUAGUUCAAGAGUUUUUUCAAUAUUUGCGACUAUGUGUAUUGAUUUUGGCGAAUAAUCUCAUUAAAUGUAUUGGAAAACAUUUUUUGUCUUUAAAUUUGUGAAAAUAAAAACGCGACAAUACAGCCCGCUGUAGUUUGUCCCGCUUCUCUUUCCGUCCUGUUUAUAUAAAGAAGGAAGUGCUGCAGUUUGACAGUUCACAGUAGACCAGCUGUGUCUCUUUACAGACUUGAACUCGGCUGUUUUGUCGUCAUAAUGCACAGAUUAAAGAUUAUUUCGGGACAUUUGUCUCCCGCUGGUUCUUCUGACAGGCGGAGUUUAAGCAGCGCGGAGUGCGGAGCCGCAGCGGCCAACAGCCCGGAGGACGUGGUGCUGGUUCACGGCCGGAGGACGGCUGUAGGGAGGGCGAAGAGAGGCGCGUUCAAGGACACCACACCUGACGAGCUGCUGAGUGCAGUGAUGACAGCUGUGCUCACAGAUGUUGGACUAUCACCCGACAAGCUGGGAGACAUUUGUGUGGGUAACGUGUUGCAGCCCGGCGCCGGUGCUCUGAUGGCCAGAGUGGCACACUUCCUCAGUGGGUUUCCAGAGACGGUUCCCGUCUACACCGUCAACAGGCAGUGCUCCUCCGGCCUGCAGGCUCUGUUUAACAUAGCAGGAGCCAUCAGGAGCAGGUCCAUUGAUCUGGGACUCGCCUGUGGAGUCGAGAGCAUGUCGUUGCGUUCAAUGGGAAACCCUGGAGAUCUGAGCUCCAGGCUGAUGGACAACGACAAGGCCAGAGACUGCAUCAUCCCGAUGGGCAUCACCUCAGAGAACGUUGCGGAGAGAUUCGGGAUCUCCAGAGAGAAACAGGAUGCCUUCGCUCUCAGUUCGCACCAAAAAGCAGCGCAGGCGCAGAACACGGGUCUGUUCGACCAGGAGAUCGUUCCGGUCACCACUAAGUUGGUGGACGACGAGGGUAAAGAGCGCGACGUGACGGUCGCUAAGGAUGACGGGAUCCGACCGGGAACGACAUUGGCGGGACUGAACAAACUCCGGCCGGCCUUCAAACCUGACGGGACGACCACGGCGGGUAACUCCAGUCAGGUGAGUGACGGAGCAGCAGCCGUGCUGAUUGGUCGCAGGUCCGCAGUCGAGGCUCUGGGUCUGCCGGUGCUGGGAGUCCUGAGGGGCAGCGCGGUGGUGGGGGUCCCUCCUGAUGUCAUGGGUAUCGGGCCGGCGUUCGCCAUCCCAGCAGCUCUGCAGCAGGCCGGACUCACUGUUGCUGAUAUUGACGUGUUUGAAAUCAACGAGGCCUUUGCCAGUCAGGCCGUGUACUGUGUGGAGAAGUUGGGGAUCCCGAUGGAGAAGGUGAAUCCUAACGGCGGCGCCAUCGCUCUGGGUCAUCCUCUGGGCUGCACCGGAGCUCGUCAGGUGGUGACGCUGCUCAACGAGCUCAGACGCCGAGGCAGGAGGGCGUACGGCGUCGUGUCCAUGUGCAUCGGGACUGGGAUGGGAGCCGCUGCUGUCUUUGAAUACCCCGGACCAUAAGAACCGACCACAAACCAACACUGUUACUGUGAUUAGAAGCCCCUUUCAGACCGGAGAGGUAAUCUGUAAAAGCUCCGUCUGACGAGUCAUUUCAUCUCUAAAAAUCGCUCCAAUAAUCUGACUUCUUAGAGCCUUUUAAUAUUUCUGUGAUGUUGUUUACAGGCUGCAGUGUGAUUGAACGCAGUCACACUGUCAGUCACAUGUUUGUACGACAUGCAGAGCAAAAACAAAGAGCUACAUGAGAUACACUACCUGAAGCCACACAUUUCUGUUUCGUGUCUUCAGGUUAUGCUAACCCAUUGUUGCUAACUUUGGAGCUAACCUCCUUUACUUUUCCAGCAUUUGGGGAA